AUGACAUUCAGAGUGGAUGAAGACCUUAUCACCAGUAGGGUCCCAACUGGUAAAGGUGUUCGCCAAGAUGACACAGUCUCUCUGAAACUGUUCAAUCUUGCAUUAGAAGAUAUAUUCAAAUUCCUAGACUGGAAUAACAGAGGAAUAAAAAUAAAUGGCUCGAAAAGUAUUUUCAAGGGAAAAGGUGUAUUUUUAACCAGGAAAUCUGGUAUUUUUUCCUUGUCUAUGUAUGCACAUUGUAUUGGCUUCGAAAUGAACAUAAGUAAAACAACAAUACUAAGUACAGAGAACAAACCAUUUACAUUUGGAAACCAGUCUAUGGCAGCUGUUGAUGAAUAUAUCUACUUUGUCCACAAGAUUAAACUAGGGAAAACAUCCGAAGUACAGAAAUUCCUUGCAGAACAGGACUGA